CAUGUAUGCACAUAAACGAUCCGCCCGGCGACUCACAAACUUGUCAAUCUCAUUAUCGCCCAAUCGCCGGGCGAGACUAACGUUCUUCAGUAAACAACAAUAAUGUUACGGCACAAACUAUUGACGUUAUUCUGCUCUCUAGCACUAGUUCAUGCUGAGUACACGUUUGAGACGAAAUGGUUCGAAGUGCCGCUCGACCACUUCAGCUUUCAGAGGACUGAGACCUUCAAGAUAAAGUACCUGGUGAAUGACACCUACUGGGACAGCGGGAAUGGGCCGAUCUUCUUUUACACCGGCAAUGAGGGGCAGAUCGAGGUGUUCACCCAACACACAGGCUUCAUGUGGGACAUCGCCAGAGAGUUCAACGCAAAACUGGUGUUUGCAGAGCACAGAUACUACGGCUCAUCAAUGCCAUUCGGCAACAAGUCUCUGGACCGGGAGCACAUCGGCUACCUGACCUCCGCGCAGGCGCUGGCCGACUACGCCGACCUCGUCAACUACUUGCAGGGAGACCAGAUCAAGCCGCAGUACCCGGUCAUUGCUUUUGGAGGCUCAUACGGCGGCAUGCUGUCAGCGUACUUCCGCAUAAAAUACCCUCACGUGGUGGCGGGCGCCAUCGCGGCAUCAGCCCCCGUGCACAUGUUCCCGGGCAUGGCCCCGUGCGAGGCCUACCACCGCAUCGUCACCUCCAGCUACAAUAUUGCCAAUGCGAACUGUGUCGCGAAUAUCAGGCUUGGCUGGCCUACUAUAAGAAACUUCACCAAGUCCGCCAACGAAACCGCGUGGCUGGAAAAAGAAUGGAACCUGUGCCACCCCAUCAAGAACGCCUCCGACGUGGACACCCUAGUCGGGUUCGUGCAGUUCGUGUACGAGACCACGGCCAUGGUGAACUAUCCGUUCCCCAGCGACUUCCUGCGGCCGCUGCCCGCGCAGCCCGUGCGCGUCGCCUGCCAGUAUCUGGCUGAGCCGCUUAAGGGGAAGGAACUGUUGACGGCCAUCGGCAAAGUCCUUGACAUGUACACAAACUACGACCACAAAAGCAAAUGCAUGGAUUAUCAGAGCGGAGGAGAUUACGGAAACUUGGACGCUGCAGGCUGGGAUUAUCAAGCGUGCACAGAGAUGGUGAUGCCGAUGUGCACGACCGGCGAGUACGACAUGUUCGAGCCGUCUCCGUGGAACUUCACCUCCUUCUCUGAAGACUGCCACAAGAAGUACGGCGUCUACCCGCAUCCCGAGGCGGCCAGGAUCGAGUAUGGAGGCGACAGGCUGCAGGCCGCUUCCAAUAUUGUGUUCAGUAACGGGCUUUUGGACCCUUGGGCUGGAGGCGGCAUCCUCAACAGCAUCAGCGACUCCGUAAAAGCCGUGGUGAUCAUCAACGCGGCGCACCACCUAGACCUCAUGCCGCGGAACGACGCCGACACGGAGCCCGUCAAGAUGGCGCGCGACUGCCACAAGAAGAACAUCCGCCGCUGGAUCCGGCAGUUCCGCGGACAGCCCACUGAGGGCAGGGACUAUAGGUGCUGAGAGGCUGGUAUGGAUGGGGAAUUUG